AUGGCCUCCUCCGAUUUGGACCAGCUCAUUGAGAUGGGUUUUGAUAAGGAGAGAUCCGAAAUUGCAGUGAAAAAGGGCAACGGCAUUCAGGGCGCUCUCGAAUGGCUGGAAGAAAAUCAGGACAAGUCACUGGAGGAAAUUAAAGAAGCGGAGAGCGAGGAGGGCCCUGCACUUCAGCCGGGAGAGGAAGCUCGCAGCUUGGUGUGCAACGAGUGUGGCAAGAAGUUCCGGAGCCAUGCACAGGCCGAGUUUCACGCGUCCAAAUCUCAACACGUUGACUUCUCCGAAUCAACGGAAGAGAUUGCACCUUUGACUGAAGAGCAAAAGAAGGCAAGGCUCGAAGAGCUUAGACAGAAACUAGCGGAAAAGCGGGCGGGACUGUCAGAGCAAGAUAAGAUUGACAAGAAGAGGAAUGAGGAAAUCCGCAGGAAGAGCACGAAGGACUCCCAGGACGUUAAAGAAGAACUCCAGCGAAAGCAAGCGCUCAAAGAAGCUGAACAGAAGAAGAAAGACAAGCUAGCAGAUAUCGAGGCCAAGAAACGUGUCAAGGCUAGGAUUGAAGCUGAUAAGGAAGAACGGCGUCUGCGGGCUGAACGGGAGAGAGCUGAACGUGCAGGUGUAGCACCUCCUGCUCAGCCAGCACCAGCCCCGGCGGCCACCACGUCUGGACCCGUUGCCUCGAAGCCCGCCUCAGCCUACACGGAAACCCGCUUGAGAUUCCAGACAUCGAAGGGAAAUAUCAUGAAGACUCUCCCAGUGACUACCACACUCUUUGAGGUCGCUGCAGCUCUGCAGCGAGAGGACGGCAUAGAGGUACACAGCUUUGCGCAGAACUUUCCCCGGAAGGUCUUCGAUGCGGAGUAUUUCGGCGAGUCACUGAAGGACUUGGGCCUGAUCCCUAGCGCGAGUCUUGUUGUCCAGUGA